AUGAUGUCGACUAUUGAAACAAAUCUUAAGAAUUCGCCGAUUAUAUCUACAUCGGGUACAUCAUCAUUAUCUGCACAACAUAUAACUCCACCACCACCAUUAUUAUUACCGAUUGCAGCACCGUUAACACCAACAACAUCAUCAUCACCAUCGACGCCAUCGCCAUCACCAUUUUAUGAUGAUAGACCAACUGAAAAAUACUAUAAAAAAGAAAAACAAAUUUUAAUUGAAUUUGAUCAAAUUGUUAAAGAAAUUCGUUAUCAAUUAAAUGAACAAUUAAAAUAUUUGGAACAACGUAUUGAUACUCAAUUAUCAAUACUUGCAGAAAUUCAAGAAUAUUUUCGUCGUCGAGCUGAUGUUGAACUUGAUUAUGCAAAAAAUUUAGAUAAUUUACAUAGACAAAUUGGUCAAAAACAUCGUGCACAAAAAGCAAAACGAGAACCUUGGGUCUUUCAUUCUAUUUCUAAACUUUGGGAAACAAUUGUUCAAGAUACUCGUACUCAUGUUAAAUAUCAUACGAUUAUGUCUGAUGUUUGUGGAAAAUAUAUGUUUGAUAAAUUUAAUGAAAUAGUCGAAGAUACUCGACGAAUGUUGAUGAAAUGUAAAUCAGUUGGUAUUGCCAGUCAUGAAGAUAUAUAUAAGGUUCUUAAUGAAUUAAAGAGUACAAUGACAACUUAUCAUCAAUAUCAAAGUGAAAGUAAACAAGCAGAACAAAAACUAAGAACUAUUCAACAACAACUGGCAAAAAUCAAAAGUGUUAAAAAACAAAAAGCAAUGGGAAAACGAGUUGAAAAGAGACAAAUGAAAUAUACUGAAACAAAAGUAAAAGCAUUUAAAGCACGUAAUGAUUAUUUAAUGACAAUUGAAUCAGUCAAUGCAGCUCUACAAAAAUAUUGUUGUGAUGAUGUACCUGAUUUAAUUGAUUGUAUGAAUUUUGGUUUUCAUACAUCCAUUGCUAAAUCUAUACAAAUGUAUUUAUCAGCACAAGAAAAUAUUAAACGUGGUCGACAAAUAACAAUUGAAACAUUAAAUCGAGCCAUUGGAGAUUUAGAUACGGUUGUUGAUAAACAAAAAUAUCUAGAAAAUUAUCCAUCUAUAUUUACAAUAACAAAACGAAUUAAAUUUGAACCACAUAAAGGUGAUGAAGUAUCUGCUGUUAAUGCUCAAGUAUUAAUACGUGAUGAAAUGCAAUCACGUUUUAUACAAAUGCAAAAUCGUCUUGCUUCAUUAAAAACCGAACAUGAUGAGAUAUUUAAAACAAUUGAAGCAACUGAACAAUCAUUAAUGGAAUAUAUUAAUACAAAAAAUUCCGAUGUUUCCGAUCUUUUCAAAGAUCUAAAUUUACCACAAAAUACUUCAAAAAAUACACGAAAAGAAAUUGAAGAUUAUUAUGUUGAGAAAUUCAAAGAAUAUACUUUAAGUAGUAAUCUUAUUGCACGUUUACAAGCACGACAUGAUAUUAUGCAAAAAGCAUUGGGUGCUGCAUCGGCUGGUAGUGCUGAAGAUAAAAAUCUUAUACGUCGUCCAAUAAAACCAAAACAAAUUGGUCGUGCACCCAUACUUGGUCGUCCACGUUUAUUUGGUGGUAAACUAUUAGAUUAUAUUCAAGUUACACAACAACCUAUUCCAUUAAUUAUUUCAUCAUGUGUUAGUGCUAUCAAUCGACUUGGUUUACAUAAUCAAGGUAUUUUUCGUGUACCCGGUGCACAAGUUGAUAUCAAUCAAUUUAAAGAUGCUUUUGAAAAAGGUGAAGAUCCAUUGGUUAAUGUAACUGGUCGUGAUAUGAAUUCAGUAGCUGGUGUAUUAAAAUUAUAUUUUCGUGAAUUAAAAGAACCAUUAUUUGCUCGAGAAAUGUUUGAUUCAUUUAUUUUAUGUAUAGUUGAUGUUGAAUCGGAAGAUAAAUGUGUAGAAAAUCUUUGUCAAGUUGUGAAACUUCUACCUCGUCCAAUAUAUAUUGUUAUGCGUUAUUUUUUUGCAUUUCUUAAUCAUCUAACAGAAUAUUCUGAUGAAAAUAUGAUGGAUGCAUCAAAUUUAGCUAGUUGUUUAGCACCAACACUUUUGCCAGUACCAGAAGAUAAAGUUCAAGUGCAAUAUAUAACACAUACAAUUGAACUUAUACGAACAAUAAUAACACAUCAUGAAGAAAUCUUUUCAGCAAGUGAUGAUGGUCCAGUCUAUGAGAAAUUUGCUAUUACAAUACCAAUUGAGGGUGAAGAAGAUGAAGAUGAUGAAGGUAUUAGUGAACGUUCAAUGAGACAAUCACCAAGUGAUGAUGAAAUGGAGAUGGUGCAAGCAGUGGCAUUGUUUGAUUAUAAUGGUAGAACAACUAAAGAAAUAUCAUUUAAAAAAAAUCAAAUUCUUUAUAUUUAUAAAAAACUGAAUCAUGAAUGGUGGUUAGGACAUAUAGCUGGUAGAAAACAGUCAGGAUUUAUUCCUGACGGUUAUAUCAAGCUUAAAUCUAGACGCCGAGAUUCAGCUCCUAUUCAACAUCGUCCUUCACUUAGUAUAGAACCUGUUCCAUCACCUUCAUCUCAUUCAAUUAAUUUAACAACAACAUCAACAACAUCAAAUGAUCAAUCAGAUAUUCCUAAUCCAACAUCAUUUAUUUCUAAUAUAUCUUCUCAAUCAUCUAAUUUUUCACUUGUUGAUGAACAACGUCUUCAAUCAUCAAAAGAAAGUGAAAUAGUUGAUGUUGAUACUGAUAUUGAUCAUGAAGACGAUACUUAUUCAUCUCAAAAUCUUUCUAAACAACCUAUAUCUAAUUAUCGCACAAUCUAUGAUAUUUUACCAUCGAGAUCACCUCCAUUAUUAUCAACAAAUGACCAUUUUGAUUUAACAUCUUCAUCAUCAUCAUCUUCAUCAUCAUCUCAUUUAACAUCAAUAAAUGAUCAACAAAUAAUUGAUAUUGAUUCAGCAUUACGUGAAGUUUUGUCUGGUAUUCGAACUGUUGAAGAAUGUCAUGCACAAUGUUUUCGCUCAAUAUCAACUUCAAAUACACAACAAGAAACUGAUGCACCUGAUCUUGUACUUAAUCUACCAAUAACAACUGGAUUUGUUACACCACCAGCAUCAAAAUCACUUGAUGAAAUUCUAUCACCAAUAACUAAUAAUAAUAAUAGUUCAAUAGUACAUUCAACAAUAAUUCUUGAUGUAACAAGUAAAUCACGUUCAAAUUCACCAUCAUCAGAAUCUAUCGAACAAAAGAAAAUGCCACCACCGAUUAUGAAAAAACCUGAAAAAACUUUACAAUUAAUUAAACGUCUUGGUUUACAACAGACAACCGAAUCAUCACCAACACAUUUCAAUGCUAUACAUCAUCAACAACCACUUUCAGUUUCUGGUUCACCGAAAGUUACAGAAGUUUAA